AGUCAGACCGGCUGCGUGUUUAUUUAUCUUUUAUAUAAAGCUAACUUCCUAAAACAAGAUGUAUGAUCAAGAUGAAGACAUCCAGUAUGAUGAAGACGAUGAUGAGAUCACCCCUGAUCUGUGGCAGGAAGCCUGCUGGAUUGUUAUCAGUUCCUAUUUUGACGAGAAGGGUUUGGUGCGACAGCAGCUGGAUUCAUUCGAUGAAUUCAUACAGAUGUCUGUACAGCGUAUCGUCGAGGAUGCGCCGCCCAUAGACCUACAGGCCGAGGCCCAGCACACCUCAGGAGAGGUGGAGGAACCGCCUCGAUAUUUGCUGAAGUUCGAACAGAUUUACCUGUCCAAGCCCACACACUGGGAGAGAGACGGCGCUCCCUCACCCAUGAUGCCCAACGAGGCACGACUCCGAAACCUCACGUACUCCGCUCCCUUGUACGUGGACAUUACUAAGACUAUAAUAAAGGAGGGAGAGGAGCAGCUCCAGACUCAACACCAGAAAACCUUCAUCGGCAAAAUUCCCAUCAUGCUCCGUUCCACCUACUGCCUGCUCAGCGGCCUGACGGACCGUGACCUCUGCGAGCUUAACGAGUGCCCGCUCGACCCGGGCGGUUACUUCAUUAUCAACGGCUCCGAGAAGGUUCUGAUCGCGCAGGAGAAGAUGGCCACCAACACGGUGUACGUGUUCGCCAAGAAGGACUCCAAAUAUGCCUACACGGGCGAGUGCAGGUCCUGUCUGGAGAACUCGUCCAGACCCACCAGCACCAUCUGGGUCAGCAUGAUGGCCAGAGGAGGACAGGGAGUGAAAAAGAGCGCGAUCGGUCAGAGAAUCGUCUCCACCCUACCCUACAUCAGACAGGAAGUGCCCAUCAUUAUCGUUUUCAGAGCCUUGGGAUUCGUGUCGGAUCGAGACAUCCUGGAGCACAUCAUCUACGACUUCGACGAUCCAGAAAUGAUGGAAAUGGUGAAACCCUCUCUGGACGAGGCGUUCGUGAUCCAGGAGCAGAACGUGGCCCUGAACUUCAUCGGCUCCAGAGGGGCCAAACCGGGAGUCACCAAAGAGAAGAGAAUUAAAUACGCCAAGGAGGUGCUGCAGAAAGAAGUGCUGCCCCACGUGGGCGUGUCCGACUUCUGCGAGACCAAGAAGGCCUACUUUUUAGGGUACAUGGUGCACCGACUGCUGCUGGCAGCUCUGGGCAGACGAGAGCUGGACGACAGGGAUCAUUACGGCAAUAAAAGACUGGAUCUAGCCGGGCCGCUCCUAGCCUUCCUGUUCCGAGGGAUGUUUAAAAACCUCCUGAAGGAGAUCAGGAUCUACGCUCAGAAGUUCAUCGACCGGGGAAAAGACUUCAACCUGGAGCUGGCUAUCAAAACACGGAUCAUCUCUGACGGCCUGAAGUACUCGCUGGCCACCGGCAACUGGGGCGACGUCAAAAAAGCUCACCAGGCCCGAGCCGGCGUCUCUCAGGUGUUAAACAGACUGACGUUCGCCUCCACGCUCUCUCACCUGCGCCGCGUUAACUCGCCCAUCGGCCGAGACGGAAAACUGGCAAAGCCCAGGCAGCUCCAUAACACCCUGUGGGGCAUGGUGUGCCCCGCCGAGACGCCCGAGGGUCAUGCCGUCGGCCUGGUGAAGAACCUGGCGCUCAUGGCGUACAUCUCUGUGGGUUCUCAGCCCUCGCCCAUCCUGGAGUUCUUGGAGGAGUGGAGCAUGGAGAACCUGGAGGAGAUCUCGCCAGCCGCCAUCGCAGACGCUACGAAGAUCUUUGUGAACGGCUGCUGGGUGGGGAUCCAUAAAGACCCCGAGCAGCUGAUGAACACGCUGAGGAAGCUCAGGAGGCAGAUGGACAUCAUCGUGUCUGAGGUGUCGAUGAUCCGUGAUAUUAGGGAGCGAGAGAUCCGAAUUUACACCGACGCCGGGCGCAUCUGUCGCCCGCUGCUCAUCGUGGAGAAGCAGAAGCUGCUGCUGAAGCGGCGCCACAUCGAUCAGCUGAAGGAGCGAGAGUACAAUAAUUACAGUUGGCAGGACCUGGUAGCGAGUGGUGUGGUAGAAUAUAUCGACACGCUGGAAGAGGAGACUGUGAUGCUGGCCAUGACCCCAGAUGACCUUCAGGAAAAGGGUGUGGCCUACUGCUCCACCUACACGCACUGUGAAAUCCACCCGUCCAUGAUCCUGGGAGUGUGUGCGUCCAUCAUACCUUUCCCCGAUCACAACCAGUCUCCCAGGAACACGUACCAGUCUGCUAUGGGGAAGCAGGCUAUGGGCGUGUACAUCACCAACUUCCACGUGCGUAUGGACACCCUGGCACACGUACUCUACUAUCCACAGAAACCUCUGGUCACCACUCGCUCCAUGGAGUACCUGCGGUUCAGAGAGCUGCCAGCAGGCAUUAACUCCAUCGUAGCUAUUGCAUCGUACACGGGAUACAAUCAGGAGGAUUCCAUCAUCAUGAACCGCUCGGCUGUGGACCGAGGCUUCUUCAGGUCUGUGUUCUAUCGCUCGUAUAAAGAACAAGAAUCGAAGAAAGGGUUCGACCAGGAGGAAAUCUUCGAGAAACCCAAACGUGAAGAGUGUCAAGGUAUGCGUCACGCCAUCUACGACAAGCUGGACGACGACGGCCUGAUCGCGCCGGGCGUGCGCGUGUCCGGCGAGGACGUGAUCAUCGGUAAAACGGUCACCCUGCCCGAAAACGACGACGAGCUGGACAGCACCAACAAGCGCUACACCAAGAGGGACUGCAGCACCUUCCUGCGCACCAGCGAGACCGGAAUCGUAGACCAGGUCAUGGUCACUCUCAACCAAGAGGGCUACAAGUUCUGCAAGAUCAGAGUGCGGUCGGUGCGAAUCCCUCAGAUCGGGGACAAGUUUGCCAGUCGACACGGGCAGAAGGGAACCUGUGGGAUCCAGUACAGGCAGGAGGACAUGCCGUUCACAUGUGAAGGAAUCACCCCAGACAUCAUCAUCAACCCCCACGCCAUCCCCUCCCGAAUGACAGUCGGUCACUUGAUCGAGUGUCUGCAGGGGAAGGUCUCUGCGAACAAAGGAGAGAUUGGUGAUGCCACACCGUUUAACGAUGCCGUGAACGUGCAGAAAGUGUCCAACCUGCUCUCUGAAUACGGCUACCACCUCAGAGGAAACGAGGUUCUGUAUAACGGUUUCACGGGGCGUAAGCUGACCUCGCAGAUCUUCCUCGGACCCACCUACUAUCAGCGCCUCAAGCACAUGGUGGACGACAAGAUCCACUCACGAGCGCGAGGCCCCGUCCAGAUCCUCAACCGGCAGCCUAUGGAGGGCAGAUCACGUGAUGGAGGUCUGCGUUUCGGAGAGAUGGAGCGAGAUUGUCAGAUCGCUCACGGUGCCGCUCAGUUCUUGAGGGAGCGUCUGUUCGAGGCCUCCGAUCCAUACCAAGUGCACGUGUGUAACCUGUGUGGUCUGAUGGCCAUCGCCAACACGCGCACACACACCUACGAGUGCCGGGGCUGCCGCAACAAAACUCAGAUCUCGCUGGUGCGGAUGCCGUACGCCUGCAAGCUUCUCUUCCAGGAGCUGAUGUCCAUGAGCAUCGCCCCACGCAUGAUGACGUCCUAAACCCCGCGCCACUGGAUCAUUAAAGUGAAAGGAUUUCGGAGCGAGUGGAACAGGGUGCACUUGCCUGCUGAGGCUCGAUGAUACUUUUGUUGGAGUAUUUUUGGUCGUAUUGUUGUAUCAGAAGUGAAUUCUGACAGUUGUUUGUAAUAUGUUGAAUGAAAUAAAGUUUUUUUCUUUUUAA